GUAUGGCCGGCGAUAUUAGCUAGCACUCGCCUACGGUAUUCUCUGUAAAAGGGAAGACGGUUAAAAAAAACAAGGCAACUACAUCUGGACUGCUCAAGAACUGUAACUAACCUAAUAAAUUAUAACAACCAACAAAGGACUAAUUUAACUGGGAUUCCAUCCGACGGUUUAAUUUCUGUUGUUGGAGUCUGUUUGUGUCACGAUGGAAGAGAGCAGUGCACACUUCUUCGAGGGGACCGAGAAGCUCUUGGAGGUGUGGUUCUCCCGAGAAGACGAAAGCAAAGGAACCGGGGAUCUGCGCACUAUCCCCAGAUUUGAGUGGGACAAACUUCUGGAGAAUGUGCAUUGUUUGAUUAUAAGUGUGACAAAGACUGACAAGCAGGAAGCUUAUAUACUCAGUUGCUGGAUGCUGGUCCAUUUACUAGUACCAGUGUAUCAUGUUCGUACUUUAUGCACACCAUUUAUUUCUUUAUUCAGUGAGGUGUCUUUAAGGUUAUCUGUGGUGUCUUCACAGAUGAGUGGAAUUCGUGACCUGAUUCCAGGUUCAGUGAUUGAUGCCACAAUGUUCAACCCUUGUGGAUACUCCAUGAAUGGAAUGAAAACGGAUGGAACUUACUGGACGAUUCACAUCACCCCCGAACCAGAGUUCUCCUAUGUCAGCUUUGAAACCAACCUCUCCCAGACGUCUUAUGACGAGCUUAUCCGCAAAGUCGUGGAUGUCUUCAAACCAGGGAAAUUUGUGACAACGCUUUUCGUCAAUCAGAGCUCCAAAUGUCGUAGCGUUUUCUCUUCGGCUCAGAAACUGGAGGGUUACCGCCUCCUGGACCGCCAGUCGGCGCACUUCAACGACUACAACUUCGUCUUCACCAGUUACGCCAAGAGCCGCCAGCAGAAGCAGAGCUGAACCUCCGAAAUGAAGAAGCGUAAAAAGAAAUCGUGCGGCUGGCGGCGCUUGUGCGUGGCGUCUUCUGGCUGUAGAUCUUCCCCGAGUUUAACAUUUAUGCAUACCUGUACCUGUGACGUAGAUAUCGUGCAUGAAAGCUCUUCUCGUGUCUCUGUAGAUAUUCUAGCCCAUUCUUGCUGUGAUCUUGAAGUGCAUGUAGAGCUCUUGAACGUGGCGGUGGUGGUGUGUGUGAGGCAUGUCACACCAUCAUCCCAGUACAUGCAAUGCUCCCUUCCCUUCCUGCAAGUGUCCCCUCGCAUCCCCCACAGACAGGGUUUCCGACCUCACUAGACAAGGACCCUGACACGCUCGGAUCCGAAGCGAGCUCAUCAGUGUGCGAAGAGGUUGGGUUGACUUGCAUUUCAUUUCUUUUAACACAUUGGUAAUUUUUCGGCACUCAGCACGUGUUCAGCUCAACUGUGUGUAGCUAGCUAACUACUCUGACAGUGUGUGAAGAAGUCCUGAAAACAAACUUAAAAUAUUCCUCGUCCAUCGUACUUUCUUUAACCCUGCAGGCAGCUGUGUUUAUUCGGUGUGCUAGAGAAGUGAGCGUUGAGUUGAAGUUGAGGAACAUCGAUGUCGACAGCCUGAGCUUCUUUUAGGGGCUGUUUUGGAAAAUAAUACAGAGAAGUGAAUGUUACUUAACUGUUGCCUUAAGUGUCAAUAACAUAUACUCUGCAAUAUAUAACCAUUAUGGUGAAAGUCAGCCGUUGUCUUCCUUUCCUCAAAAUCAAAUGGCAUUUAACAUGAAUGUAUUAAAAGUAAAAACAUUAGUUAGUUGAAAGGUGACUGUUCUAUAAAGAAUGGAUUUUUCUGAAUAAUGUAGCGAGUGCAGAAGAAGCCGUUGAAGAGGGAAUGGUGAAGGACCCUGGGGCUGUCCAGCACAGAGCCUGCUCAAUGCACGCCUUUGAAUUGAAACGUUUACAGACACAGCGAAAUGAGUCCUCUCUCUUUUUCUCUACAGUAAGCACACAAUAGGCGCGCACCGAUCUGAGCAUGUCAGGGCUGACCCGGAUCAUUCCACACCCCACGCCUGCAUAAAGUGCAGUUUUAUUAAUUCCCUUUUUUUGCAGUAGAUUUGUACACCUCUCCAGAUCAUGCUCUCUUUGUGCAUUGAGAAA